AUGGCGCGUCAAGGUGUAUCGCUGGCCGACCUGGCGCCGCUGUUCCUGAAGAAGGAGCGCGCGACGGCUACGUUUGAGCCACAGGCAUGCCUCGAUCUUGUGCUGGGGUCUGUUGCAGCCCAAAGGCGGCGCAAAGAACUCCUUGACUUGGUCAUGUCGGACCCCGUGCUCAGCGAUCGCAGCAUGAUCGACCGAAACCACGCCGAGCGGUACACCAAAGCGCUCGAAAAGUCCCAUGCGUAUAUCCAACUUCUCCGCCGCCAUCAUAUUGUUGACCACGACGAACAGACUCUGGUCUACCAAAUGCUCGGGGAACCGCUUCCGAUCGACGUGCAUCGCGCGAUGUUUGUCCCGACGCUGGAGAAUCAAAUGGACGACGAACAGCGAGCGUACUGGCUGCCGAAAGCCAAAGCAUUCGAAAUCACGGGAGCCUACGCCCAGACCGAGCUCGGCCACGGCUCGAACGUCCAGGGCAUCGAAACCACGGCCCACUACGACCCCAAGACGCAAGAGUAUAUUUUGAACUCGCCAACGCUCACCAGUCGCAAGUGGUGGCCCGGCGGGCUCGGCAAGACUGCCAACCACUGCGUGCUCCAUGCGCGGCUGUUCCUGGACGGCAAAGACCGCGGCGUCCAGGCGUUUUUGGUGCCACUUCGAGACACCGCGACGCACAGGACGUUGCCUGGGAUCACGUUGGGGGACAUCGGUCCCAAGAUUGGGUUCCAGUCGGUCGACAACGGGUUUUGCGUGCUGGACCACGUGCGCAUCCCGCGUCGAAACAUGCUCAUGCGGUUUGCCAAAGUGGCGCCGGACGGGUCGUUUUCCAAACCUCCCAUGGACAAAUUGGUGUACUUUACCAUGGUCAAGGUGCGGGUCUAUGUCGUGUACGUUACCUAUCGGUAA